UGCAGGUAAGUAAAUCAAACGCUGUGAAAAAAUUUUCACCCAGAAUUUGUGUACAACCCUACAAAGUGCCACGCCAACCUAAGGUAUCCGAUGUUUAUUUAAUUUUAUAUUCUUUUUUUAAUCAUGAUUUCCAGGCUUAAUUUACCACGGAUACCUCUCUUCUCUCUAAGCUAUAAACCACGUCAACUUCCCCGUUUUCUCUUCCUCUGUGAUUUCCAAGACAUCUAGCAACUUUCCUCCAUCCUUUUUUUUUUUUUUUUUUUCCCCAUAAAUUUUAUAUUGCUAAUGCCAGACUAUUCAAAUUCUUUUUAACUGUAAUGCGAUGGAAAGUAGUAACCGGAGGCUUACACUUUUUGAGCAGAUGUCAGCGGUUGACGACGGUCGGAACGCUCUGGCCGGUUUAACUCUCGACGCCAUCUUGGGAAACGCCAAGCGCCCUGAACCACCGCCAACUCAGAACCGUACGCUUCUGGAUAUCAUUCGCGAGGAUGGGCCCACCAAAGACAAGAAGAGUUGGAAAACGUUUCGGGACAAGCUCCGCCUCAAGCGAGCGGGUGCUGCUUGGACCUCCUCCGUUCAUAUCCCGGCUUCCGAUGUUAACGUUCAUGGUAACAGAUCGCACUUCUCGCGACGCGGUUCUUUCGCUUCUAACUCCGCUGAUUCCACCCGUGUUGAGGAUGGAGGUGAACGUGCCCCGGUUUCUGACCCUACGGUUGUGAAUUCUCGGUUGCAAUUGGCGCGAAGGAGUUCGGUUCGGUUCGGAAACAAUCUGUUUCAGACCGAUCACGAUGAUUCGGCCGAUGUCAGCAUGCCGAGCGAUGCUCCACCGUCCAGAAGCUUCAGGCCGCAAAUUGCCCGCCAUCGUUCGACCCGUUUUCCUUCCUCGAACACUGCCUCGUACGACGAUGACAACAGUAGCGAAGAUAACUCUCCGGAGGCGCGUGAUGGAACGCAUCGGCUGGGAGCGGCAUUGGCGGAGGAGAGGGCAUUAUCUGCGAGAGAAGCGGUGGCUGCACAGGAAGCAGCCGAAGCGGCAGCCGCAGCUGCUGCAGCGGAACAAGCAGCGGUAGAGAACAACGAGGCUCCAACUGUUGCGGCUGAGGAGCCGGUGAGGAUGUCAUUGAUGGAUUUGUUGGAGGAAACGGGAUCGAGAUACACGAUGGGCGACGACGACGACGAUUACGACGAGGAAGAGGAGGAGGAGGAGGAGGAGGGGGAGGAGGAAGUAGCGGCAGCGAGCGGUGGGAUCGAGUACACGUGUUGCGUGUGCAUGGUUAGGCAUAAAGGUGCGGCGUUUAUUCCAUGUGGGCAUACGUUUUGUCGGCUUUGUUCAAGGGAGCUUUGGGUCCAGCGAGGGAACUGCCCACUGUGCAAUGGCUUCAUCUUGGAAAUUCUUGAUAUCUUUUGAUAAUUUGAUAUUUGUAUUUUAAUUCUUUCUUUUCCCAAUCUCUGAUUGUGGAGAAAUUGUGUAAACGAUAGUUCAUCCUCUUCUUUGGUUGGUUUUUGUUUAAUUUUUGAGAUGGUAAAUAAGCAAAGAGUUGUCGCUUCUGGGAUUGCAAUGAAUGGUUAUCAUUGUUGAGUGGUUGAUUCAUGAUGAUGACCCUGACCCAGGUCCCAGACAGGGAAUUUGCAUCUUUUUGGGCCAACAAGAAACAUUUGUGGAUGGAGCUGGAAGGGGAACUGGGUAUUGGUACUGGUAUUAUUUUCUUGUCUGCAUGUGGAAAGGUGCAGCUGGACCCAGUGGGGCUGAUGGCUUCUUUAUAUUUUGAAAGAAACUCAGCAUGAGAGAGAAGCUUGGAAUGGUUUUUGCAUCUGAAGGUGAGUAAAAGAGAAAGAAGGGGAAGUUGAAAGCUCCCUUGUCUUGUGUUAUUAACUAGCACACACAGUGAUUACAAUAGAAAAGCUUGUAUAGUCAUUCAGCGAUCAGCAUCCAUCUCAUAAAAACAUUGUCAAAUCCGUACUGAAAACUAGAAUUGAAGCUGUAAUGGGGCUUCAUAAUUUGUAUAGGGAAAUGCUACUACUGUUUUCUUCACAUGAAUGUAAUGGAAUUUACAUACUA